CAUAUUAGGUUGUGACAAACUUCCUCUGAAACGGCUACCUAGCGAUGGAGUGGGAGUGCUGAGGUAGUUAGUUAGCCAGGCAGGCAGUGAGUCACAAACAAUUCAGCUGAGUGUUUGAGAGUCCGGUAUUUACUAGAUAGUUAUUUAGCUACGAAACUCACCGACUGCCAGUCUAGCCAAGAAACUGUUAGUUUAGGAGCAUUGCUAAUGCUAGCUAGCUAGUUAACUUAGUUCUUACGGCACAAACCCCUCAACUUGUCAACUCAACUGGCUAGCUAGUAAGGAUUUAACGUUAGCUAGCUCACUAAAGUAAGGGAUAGUGUGUUUUUCCCACACUGUGGGCCACAGUCUACAACUUGUAUUUGCCUGCCUAACAAUAUUGCAGUCAUGUCCGCGGCAGGAGACUUCGGAAACCCUCUAAGGAAAUUUAAAUUGGUCUUUCUUGGCGAACAGAGCGUGGGGAAGACUUCAUUGAUUACCAGGUUCAUGUACGACAGCUUCGACAACACCUACCAGGCCACAAUAGGAAUAGAUUUCUUGUCAAAAACCAUGUACCUCGAAGACCGAACAAUCAGGUUGCAGCUGUGGGAUACGGCUGGGCAGGAGCGUUUCCGUAGCCUCAUCCCCAGUUAUAUCCGAGACUCUGCCGCCGCUGUCGUAGUAUACGACAUCACAAAUGUCAACUCUUUCCAGCAAACCACAAAAUGGAUUGAUGACGUCAGAACGGAGAGAGGAAGUGAUGUCAUCAUCAUGCUGGUGGGAAACAAGACGGACCUUGCAGACAAAAGGCAAGUUGCUAUUGAAGAGGGUGAGAGGAAGGCCAAAGAGCUAAAUGUAAUGUUUAUUGAGACUAGUGCUAAAGCAGGUUACAACGUCAAGCAGCUGUUCCGGCGCGUGGCUGCUGCCCUCCCUGGCAUGGAGAGCACACAGGACAAGAGCAGAGAAGACAUGAUUGACAUAAAGCUGGAGAAGCCCCCAGAACAGCCCGUCAGCGAAGGAGGCUGCUCCUGCUAACUCCUGCUAACUCCAGCCUCUGUUUAUCACGCUCUUCCCAUCCCUCUGUUUCUCUCUCUCUCCUGCGCUUUGUUCUUGAUCUUUCUCGCCCUGGCUUAUUCACUCCCCCUAUUGGCCUCUAUACUGUACCUUUCCUCUCUGCUUCACUGCGCUCCCUCUCUGAACUCCUUGAUUCCUAACUCCUUCACCGCAGCCUGAAAGAGAAGAACACUACCUGUCCAUCAUCCUUGUUGUCGUGGAAACCUGCUCUCUCGCUGAGAUGACCUUAAGCUUAACAAGCAAAAAGUGGAUGUGAAUGCUAUUAUAUUUCAUUUGAACUUUCACUCUACUUUGGCAAUCAAAAAGGAAAUUAUUUAUUGUUAAAAAAUAUUCAAGCACUGUAUCCUGUUUUUCUGUAAAAUGCCAUGCAAGUGACUCGUUCCUACGUCAUACUUCCGUGUUCAUAUCCCUGGUCUUUUACAUGGGCUUCAAGAUAAUAUCUUCAUAUUUAUGAAAACACGGAUAUAUUAGGCUUUGUGGAUGAAAUUAAUUCUGCCAGAUGCCUUUUAUGACAUUUUUGAAGAUUGAAGACUAUUUAAAAGGCCUAGAAAAGUUCAAAAACUACAAGGUUACUUGCUGCGUCACUUGCAUGGGUAUACUCUGUGGAAAUGGUUGGUUGGACAGUUGUCAAAAAUGAUGGCAGCAUGUGCGGAACCUAGACUUCAGUCAUGGAUACUGAGUGGAAUUUUUCUGCCAUAAAUGGGUUCUGAAUGGAUUAUUACAGCUCAGCAGCCCCCAAGAAUAUCACUCACUCAGUGACAGGUAAAAGUUGAGCAUACCAACCUUUCCUUUUUUCGCCGGUCCCACCACAGAGUAGCCACACAGUGUCACUCCACAGAAGCAUGGUAUGACAACACAAUGUAGGGAAACUACAAGAACUCACACACACAGCAUCAUGACACAGUCCCACCACAAUAACGUAAAGUAACAACAAUAAAACACAAGGGCAGUCUCACUACCACAACACGACCGUCCUUAAUUUCUCCCAUUGUCCUCACAAAUGAAUAAAAACUAUCUUCAUCUUGGCUGCCAUUUUCUAUUAUAUCUCUUGCUUAGAUCUUUACUUUUUUGUAAAGAGUACAAUUAUUAUCAUAGAUGAAAAGAUAUUGCUUUGGAGAACGGUAGUGUUUGUGAAAUGAUUUUAGAAUGUUGAGAAGUAUAUUCAACACAAACCCAACUUCGUUAGAUAUGCAGACAUGCCUUUUUAACAGUUAAUUGUAGAGGGCUUCCAUGGUUUUGGGAUUUCCUGGCUUUGUUUGGUUUAAUGUUAUAUCGACACUUUAGAGGUAUAAUUUUUAAUUUUUUGGUUUUGAUCUUUUGUUAAUGAGAAUUAUCGUACAUGUUCAUUCAGUCCACAAUGACUUGUAAUAUUUAUUUAUACUGGAUCAUGUUUCUUUUUUAUUACUGUUAAUACUAUCAUUCUUGGGAUGAUCCCUAAAUGGCUAAUAGAGUAUUUUGUCAACCACCUGAUUUUCAAACAUGACCUCCAGCUCUUCUGGUGAUGUCACUACCCCACUACUCCACCCAAAAUGAUGAUUUGAUUCAACUGAAAAACAAUAGUGCAAUGUUUUUUUGUGUAUGUUUCUGGAGGAAAGUCCACAGUUUUUUGGUAGCGUCUUGGUCCGUAACCUUUUAUCUUUGGAAUGGUUUUAACUGGAGGUUGGAGGUAAACUGUCUGUGCUGCCACAAGCUCAUAAUUUGCACUGCUAGAAUUCAUCAGUGUCUUAUCGUCAUCCCCAAGAAAGGUCUGCAUUUAGUAACUGAAAUGUCCUUUUUUGAUGGUUGAAUAAAUAGAUAAAUGCUAGACAAGGAAAGCUGCAAAGCGUGCCUAGUCUAGUUAUUUCCUGUCAACUUGG